UCCUAACCUCUUCUGAAAUCUUAACUCGUGCAAUUUAUAAUUUCAUCUAACUUUUUCUUUUAUUGAGUUACAACGUCAUGCCAGGGUGUCUAUCUAUAAAACCGUCUGCUGAAUGAGUAACGUCCAGAUAAUAAGCUAUAUCCAUCAAUAACGCAGAUUUUUCUUUCUAAAUUGUUGGAAGAAUCAGAGAAGUGGAGACAGUCCUCCUCUCGCUCCUCCCUCCUCGCAGUUUUACGGGUAAUCUUUCUCAAAGAUCUUCAGCAGAAGUUGAUUCAUCCGUUCAGCUGGAACAGCAGAGGCGGAUCUCUCUGCAGGAUUAUUUUAUUCUCUGUAGCCUACAUUUACUUCCUAACGAAAAGCAUCUCCGCUCUGUGAGGCACCAACAUGUCAGACCCCGCCGCGUCCAGCGAAGACUGGCUGGUGAAUCUGACUAGUUAUCUGAAGACCCGGAAAGGUUUGAUCCUGGCAGCAGAAAUAAUCAUCAGUUUCAUCAUCUUCAUCUGCUACGCUGCAUCUUGGUUUGGAGGCUACAUCGCUGGUUCCAUCUCCGAGAUGAUCUUCGCUUUGGUCAUUUUUGUCGUCUUCAUGAUGCAGUGGGACAAGGAGUUUCUAGCGGUCAACUGGCUCUGGACUGAUUUUCUUCGGGCUUUUAUUGGUGCUUGGGUUUACAUGAUCACGUCACUCAUCGUCAUUUCUCGUCGGCAUAUGGACCAUGCAGGAGUCGCAGGCGGGGUGUUUGGUUUGAUCGCUGGUUUCCUAUUUGCUUAUGACACCUACACCAUCUGCCUACAAAUCAAAGCGAGCAGGCAGAAAGCAGCUCCUCCUACUGUUUGUUCAGCAGGUGAGAUAUUUUGAAACUCUCCAGCCCAAGUACCGCUGCCAGGAGGAGCAGGAGUGCUACAGAAGAGGAGAGCAAUGAGAGGAUGGUGGAGUUUAAGAUAUGCAGGUCAUAGUUAAAUGUAACCACAUAAUGGGAACAAAUCAGAUGUAUUUUUUCCUUGGAAGAGCACAACAAGCCAAGAUGACUGGCACUUGAAAGUCUGUUUCUCAUAUCUGUUACACGAGUAAUUCUUCCUGCAAGGUUUUAUAUGUAAGUCAAUGUAAUAAUAUGGUUGAUGUCCUCAAGAAUCUCGUCUAAAUAUACUUGUUUACUCUU